ACCUCGGCAGCAAGUGUUUUCAGCUCAUGCUCGGCCUCUGCAGCUCGUGGCUGACCUCAGUAGUGAGUGUUUGAGCUCUACAGCUUGUGCUCAAGUUCUGCACUUCAUGCUCGACCUUGGCAGCAAGUGUUUGAGCUCGGAAGCUCGUGUUGACCUCGGCAGCUCAUGUUUGAGCUAUGCACUUCGUGCUCGACCUCUAAAGCUCAUGGCUAACCUCGGCUCUCAUGGUCCAGCAUUUUGCACCUCGACAUUUCGCAGCUCGUGCUUCAGCAUCUCGCACCUCGGACUUGUGCAAUUUGUAACUUGGACUUCUGCAAUUCGUAGCUCGUGCUCGAGCAAGACAUUUGUAGCAGCUCGUGCUCCAGCAUCUCGCACCUCGGACUUGUGCAAUUUCUGGUGCACUGCUUUGAGCUUUGCCGCUGCCGAGCUGGACUGCUUUGUUGCUGCCGAGCUGGACCAUUUGGUUGCUGUCGAGCUAGGCUGUUGUGCUGCUGCCGAGCUGGUGCGCUGCUUUGGGCUUUGGCGCUGCCGAGCUGGACCGUUUGGUUGCUGCCGAGCUGGACCGUUGUGCUGCUGCCGAGCUGGGCUGCUCUGCUGUUGCCAUCAAGCUGAGCUCAUGUUCUCACCGAGGGCGCCACGUUUGUGAGAAAUUUGGGCCUUUUUUUUUUGUGAGAAAUUUGGGCCUUUUUUUUUUUUUUA